UCCACGCGCAAGCGCAUUCGCUACUCCUCUGCAGUGCAGGGAAACAUGGCGACGUCCCUGAUUUGCGGCUGCUUGACAGCUAGCCUUAGAAGUUCUGGGACUAGGAACACUAUCAGCACCGCGUCCAAGGUUCUCGGUGGAUCUGCGGGUCUGUUUGGUAGCCAUGGGUCCCAGCUGCAGCCCCCCCACCUCCAGCAGCAGCAGAGGAACCUCUCCCUACACGAGUACAUGAGCAUUGGCCUCCUCAAAGAGGCCGGCAUCUCUGUGCCCAGCGGCAUGGUGGCCAGCUCCGCAGAAGAAGCUUACAAUGUGGCAAAACAGAUUGGUACGAAGGAUUUGGUGGUGAAAGCUCAGGUGCUGGCUGGUGGCAGAGGGAAGGGGACAUUUGAGGGUGGGCUGAAGGGCGGAGUCAGGAUCGUCUACUCGCCGGAGGAGGUCCGAGAUAUUUCAUCCCAGAUGAUCGGGCGAAAGCUGUUCACCAAGCAGACCGGAGAGGCAGGCCGAAUCUGCAACCAGGUGUUUGUGUGCGAGCGCAGGUAUCCACGCAGAGAGUACUACUUCGCCAUCACCAUGGAGAGAUCCUUUCAGGGUCCUGUGCUGAUUGGCAGCUCGCAAGGGGGGGUCAACAUUGAAGACGUUGCUGCAGAAAAUCCAGACGCUAUCGUCAAAGAGCCUGUUGACAUUGUGGAGGGCAUAAAGAUGGAGCAGGCUGUUAAGGUGGCCCAGAAGAUGGGCUUCCCUCCUGCGCUGGUCAACGAGGCAGCGGAGAACAUGAUCAAACUCUACAAUCUGUUCAUCAAGUACGACGCCUCCAUGGUGGAGAUUAACCCCAUGGUGGAGGACUCCUCCGGCACUGUGAUGUGCAUGGAUGCAAAGAUCAACUUUGACUCCAACGCAGCAUAUCGACAGAAAAAGGUCUUUGAGAUGAGGGACUGGUCUCAGGAGGACCCCCGAGACCAUCAGGCCGCCACAGCUGACCUUAACUACAUCGGAUUGGAUGGAACCAUCGGCUGUCUGGUAAACGGGGCAGGUCUGGCCAUGGCGACUAUGGACAUCAUCAAGCUGCACGGUGGCACUCCAGCCAACUUCUUAGACGUCGGGGGCGGAGCCACAGCACAUCAGGUGACCGAGGCUUUCAAACUCAUCACCUCUGACAAGAAGGUUCAGGCCAUCCUGGUCAACAUUUUUGGAGGCAUCAUGAGGUGUGACGUCAUUGCCCAGGGUAUCAUCAUGGCCGUGAGAGACCUGGACCUCAAGAUCCCCAUAGUUGUACGGUUACAGGGCACAAGAGUGGAUGAUGCCAAAGCUCUGAUCGCUUCCAGUCCUUUAAAGAUCUUGGCCUGUGAUGACUUAGAUGAAGCUGCCAAAAUGGUUGUAAAACUUUCAGAAAUCGUCUCUUUGGCUAAAGAAGCUCAGGUGGACAUCACCUUCCAGCUGCCCAUCUAAGAACCUGACCACCUCUCUUCCAAACACCGUUCCCCAGAUCGCUCUUCUCUGCUCACUAGCAGCAGGACUGAACUCCUUAGAAGACAAAUUCACCUUCCUCUUCAUCAUCUGUUAAGGAUUUUCAACAUCUUAAACUCAAACAAACACCCUUCUUUAUUUAUGUUUAUAAAUUUGUUUCAACCCCUCAUCUCCUUCUACAUGACGCUCCCACAGGCUGUGUUGCACUUGAGCCGAUACGCACAAACAUUUCACCUCCUCUUCAUCCUUAGAGCAGGACUCGUGAUCAGUCUGUUUACUUCUGCACCUAUUUGGUUAAAAAACAAAACAUUCUCAAAAGUCUAAUAAAGAACAACACAGCAGUCGUCUCCUCAGUGUGGUUCUUGAGCGCCGUAAUGAUUGAAAAACAAUAAAUGUGUAUCAGCAAGGAGAUGAAGACGAAUAUGCUGCAGCCUGUUCCUAUGCUUCAGCUGUGAGUUAUUUUUCAUGUUUCUCAGCAAACAACAGCUGAUUUAUCAAUCUGACUGAAAGGUCUGGAGAAGAGUAAUAUUUACCACAGCAAUGUGAAGGUUCUGUGUGUUAUCCUCCUGAUUUUACUUAUUUAACUGAACACAAGAAAAAAACAUAUUUUGUAUAUGUGGCAAACUGAAUCCUCUUUAAGUGCUUUCCCAACACGAACCUGGAUUUUUAUCACUGAUCUUGACUUAACGUUGUUUGAUCAGAAGUUCAGACUUAGGAUCACGAGUCUCGCAUUUGAACAUUUAUCUCCUGACAUCCUUUAAAAAGCAAAUGUAUUUCAACUUGAUACUGGAGUCCAGACUAGAAGUCUGUUCUUUCUGACUUCACUUCUGUUUCCACUUCUUAAAGAAAGAUCAUUGGCUGUUUCUCUUUGCUGUCCUGCCACAGAACAAAAGACUUUUAGCUUUCUAUUUGUAGGUUUGAGUCUUGUUAGACGGCCAGACUAUAAAGCAGUUCGUCAUUUUCUUCUCCUCUUUCUCCUGCUGAGCUUCGAACACAAGCAGACAAUGUGAGAUGUACGUCACUAAUUUUACCAUGUAAAUAACAAAUGUUGUUCUGUACCAUAUUUAUGCACCUCACACAGAGGACAAACCGGUAAGAAAAAGAAAUAAAUGCUGGGAACACCAGUA